UCAUAACGGGGAGGAGGGGGUUAGAAACCAGGAAGAUGAACAAUAUGCAGAAUUCACGCAAAUGAAAACGUAGAAUCAGUGAAAACAGCUGACGUUGAGCGCAGUUUAGACACGUUCAGCCCGGCUGUCAUUAACAAUGAGCGACGCGUUUUCUCUAAAUCUCUAAAAUAAAGCACGGGCGACACCCCCCCUCCCUCCCUCCAAAACAAAGGUCAAAGUUCACAGGAAGCUGGGGGGCUGCCAUUUUUCCCCUGCUAACAUGUUAGAUGCUAAAACGAAGAGGGGUGGUCGUUGUUGAAAGCGUUUUUGUUUAUUUUUUUUUUUACCACAGGGAUUAUUUUUUCCUUUCUGUUUAUGUUCGUUAGCCCCUCUGUCACAUGUGCUAGUCGUUGUGGUUAAUGGAAGGCGGCAUGGAGAGAACAGAACAGCCGUGGAAUUCUUCCUAUACGUACCAGGUGAGCAAGCACAGCGCCGAGAUGCUACACAACCUCAACAGCCAGAGAAAAGAUGGAGGCAGGUUCUGCGACGUGAUCCUGCGCGUCGGAGAGGAAAGCUUUCCGGCGCACAAGGCGGUGCUGGCGGCGUGCAGCGAGUACUUCGAGUCGGUGUUCAGCUGUCAAGUCGAGGGCGACAGCGAGAGCAAAGAGCUCGAGAUGCACACGAUCAGCCCCAAAGUUUUCCGAGACAUCCUGGACUUCGCGUACACGUCGAAGAUCGUGGUGCGCUUGGAGUGUUUCCCGGAGCUCAUGACAGCCGCCAAGUUCCUGCUCAUGCGCUCCGUCAUUGAAAUCUGCCAGGAGGUGAUCAAACAGUCCAACGUGCAGAUCCUGGUGCCGCCGUCCCGCGGUGGAGAGCUCAGCUUCCUGUCAAACGCCAUGCACGCCGACGUGCCAAACGGCGCUGUGUUUACUAACAGGCACAGUCUCGACAGUGACAAUACAAGCGCUCCGCCACCUCUGAACAGCAGCUCCCACCCGAUCGGCCUCCCUGUGUCCCCUUCAGCCUUCACGACGAACCCGGUAAACGGCGAGGCCUCUCCAAACUCCAAGCGAGCCAGAGGACGACCCAAGAAAGAAGAUCCGCCAGUGCCCGGUGUGUACAAUAACGGUACGACAGACGACAAUGAAGCUCCUUUUCCUGGUGGCAUUUGUAGUAAAAUGUUGAGCGACGCUGUGCAGCUGAGAAACCACGAGGCCCAGCAUGGGUCAGUGGGCGCAGGUGGAGAGUUAGUGUCCGUGGACACGGCUGUAACGGCUCCUCAGACUCAGAACUGCGUGCAGACGGACGGCACUCGCAAACGGGAGAGGACGAGACGACACGUGGGCUGUGAUCUGUGCGGGAAGGUGUUUCGAGACGUGUAUCACCUCAAUCGACACAAGUUGUCUCACUCCGGGGAGAAGCCAUACGCGUGUCCUGUGUGCGGCCUGCGGUUCAAGCGCAAGGACAGGAUGUCUUACCAUGUGCGUUCUCACGAUGGAGCCGUGGGCAAACCGUACGUGUGCCAGAACUGCGGGAAAGGCUUCUCCAGGCCAGAUCACCUCAAUGGACAUAUCAAGCAGGUGCACACCACAGAGAGACCUCAUAAAUGUCAGAUUUGUAAUGCAUCAUUUGCAACACGAGAUCGCCUGAGGUCUCACCUGGCCUGCCACGAGGAUAAAAUACCAUGCCAAGUGUGUGGCAAAUUCUUAAGGGCUGCUUAUAUGACGGACCACCUGAAAAAACACAGCGAAGGACCUCACAACUACUGCAGCAUAUGCAAUAAAGGUUUUUCCACUGCGUCCUACCUAAAGGUACACGUAAAAACACACCACGGCUCGUCCAUGCUCCCUUCCUCCGCAGCUCACCAGUUCCUAGAGCCGCGUGACAACGGGCCGCAGAUGCACAACGGCGCCCCCUACCACUCAGGACGCCAAUGCGCAGUGGAAGACCUUUGCACCAGUCGCCGGAUUCUGAUGCCCUUUCCUGAGGCAGAGGGGUGUUUUCGGGGGUUUUCAGGGCCUGCAAUUCUCGCUCAACCUGGCCCUCCUGCCCUCGGUGUGCAGCCUGAGCUGUGGGAGCGGCACUGUGGCGGAGCACCAGGCCUCCCAUUGCACGCACCUCUCGCAGACGGGCAGGAAAAUGCUGGGAAAUGCCCCCAUCAGGAUUCUGAAGGGUCAGAUGCAGCGUUUGGUGACCUUUCUAAUGGAACAGAGCUCAAACUGGAGCACAAGGCUGAAGACAAGGAGCUUGAGGUGACCUCGUUGAUCUUCAACGGCGAGACUGACGGCACAGCAAACGCACCGUGCGGCUCUAAACAGAAGACAGACAUGGAAAAGAAGUUUGCCUGUGGCUUAUGUGGCCAGACCUUUCGCACUAAAUCCUACCUCAACAAGCACCAGCAUCGGGUGCACAAGAAACCCAGUGGGACAGUAUCCGGUCUCGGAGAUCUGGGUUCUCCGUUCUCGCCACAGCAGAACAUGUCGCUGCUUGAGUCAUUUGGUUUCCAGAUUGUCCAGUCAGCGUUUGCCUCAUCACUCGUGGACUCUGAGGUAGGGAGCAAUGCUGUAGGCUUAGGAGACAAGUGAACACUUGGGGGGAAAAAAUGGAGAAAUUUGCUCUUACUAGAUGUCCACUGCUUUGAGAGGAACUGCAGUUCUACAUUUUAUCAUCAAUGCCUUUGUAAACUAUUCUGUCUUUUGUGUUGCUUACGCUCAACCUUUAGUCAGUUGGUUUAAUCUUAAGACAUGCAAGUUUGCCAGUAUAGUUUCCAUUGUCGCUGACAUGAAGCAGUCAAUCAUUCAGCAUUGAAGCUUUCAGAAUCGGAUUAUUAAAUCAUCCCACAGAGCCUAUUAAACCCAAGCCGAACUUCUUGUGUGAAUAAACGUAACAAAACCCUGGGUGCAAAAAAAAAAAUCAUGGGAAGCCCUAGUCUCUGAAAUUGUUUUAAGUUAUACAAUGAGUUUAAAUCUCGUUCCCAAAUUCAUGGUUGUUAACGCUAUUUUCUUUUCAUUUCAUUUUGAAUCGUAACUAUUUGCUAGAUGGAUUGUACGGAGUCAUGCAAAACCACAUACGAGUUUUGAAUCUUUAACAGGGACCAAUUUCAGGUAUGACUGUAAGAUAUUACAAGAGAUGAAGAGUAUAUUUUAUUAACUUAUUGAUUUUGGUGUCCCAUCUCCUUUAUGAAAUGGUUUAUAAAAAAAAAAAUCAUUGGUAAACUUUAGAUCUGUGCUGUGCUAUUUUGUCUUUAAAUUGUGUGUUUUCGAGGAGGCCAGGAAGAGAGAGUGUGUGUGUGUUUGCGCACACAUCCUGGUCCCUUAUUAAGAGAAUGUAAUGUAAUCAGAGGGCUUUUUAAGGUUUUUUAAUAUAUCAGGACUUUUUUGUAUGAGGGUCCAAACAUUCCUGCUUAACUUAAGAAUUCCUAUUCAUGAUAUGUAUAUAAUGUUCACAUAUGUAAGAAAUAUGUAUAUAUAAAUACUUAUAUAUGGCCAAUAUUAAGUUUGUUUAUUCUAUGUAAUGGGGCUCUGUGUAUAUAACGUCUCUUGGCCAUUAUGGUUGAAUAGAAGCUUGAGUGGAGAAAUUUUGUUUUGAGGUUGUAUUCAGUUGGUUUGAGUAAAUUCACCCUUUUAGCUCUUAUUACGCUGUAGUGGUGUGUGAUCAUAUAAAUCUUUUUGUGGGUGGCGUGGAUAAGCCAUCAGUGUGUCAAGAUCUGAAUUUCUAUUUUUUCCUUCUUUUAUUUUCAUUAAAUUGAAUUUUCAUCCUUUAGACCAACAAUAUAAGUACUCUGAGCAGUGUGAUUAUGAUCUGGGAGGAAAAAAAAAAGUGUUUUAAGAGAAUAUGCCUGUGAGAGGCCUGCUUUAUGUGCUUACACUCUUUUACACAGAAAAACUGAACUUUUAAUGAUUUUCUGUGCGUAAACCUUAAUAUAGAGCCUUUAUACAGAGCCCUACAACAGAACAUUUACCCUCCCAGACCAGGGUCAAAGUAGAAAGCUAAGAACUUAUUAUACAGUGAGCUAUUGGGGGGGGGAAAUAGCUUGUUUUUAUAAGUGUGUACUGGCAUAUUUACAUGUUGGAGUGAAGGUUUCAAAGUUCACGCAAAGUAUGAUUUAGCAAUUCGUUCAGUUUUAUUUAUUAUAUUUUGCAAGACCUGUUUAAAAGUUAUUUCCCACUUCAGCCCACGUUAGCUUGGAAAUGUGGAAGAUUUCUCUAUUGUAUUUAUACACAUCAGUCAUUAAUUUCUUCUAAUUUAUAUUUCAAAUGAAUCCUUUUGGGGCCUCAAGUGUAAACAGAGAAAGUAUGCAACUACCCAGGAUUCCCUUCUUUGUCCAGCCUUGUUUUAAUUGUCUAACUGACCCAUCAAAUCCACUUCACCUCACUGUGUAGAACUGAUCAUCCCUGCACUCUAAUCUGUGCAUUUAACCAUUAUUUAUAUGAAAGAUUGACGUGGCUGUUUGGGAAGGUUCUGUGAUUAAAAUACUGAUAUGCCGUCUCUUCUGAUUUAGUGGCACAUUGUAUCACUGGAAAUGGUUUUUUUAAUUUUUAUUUUUGUUUAAUGUCGCUUUAUUUGUACUCUGCUUAUGUUUUCAUAUAACCGUAUGUUGCAAAGUGCCUUCCCAAUACUGAUUGUGAGUGGGUAGGAAAAUCUGUCAUUAAAAGGACCAUCUUAAGAAUAACCAUGUACAUAAAGUGAUUUGCAUCGACACUUUUGUAUAAGGACAUGCACAUAGAAAGAAAAUGUACAUUUGUAUGUAUGUUUGUUAUCUUUGUUCUCUGACAAAAAAAAAAAAGUUUCUUUGCAAUUUCAGUCAAGAAUUUCAUUGAUUUUUGGAUAUAGGCAUACUUUUCUAUUGAUGUUUUUGUUUUUGUACACUGUUUUGUGUCUCUGUUUAUUUGCUACAGAGAUGAGUAUAAAAUAAAAUUGUAUUUGGGACGAUG